CGUUCUGUGUGCAACAUGUUCAGAAACCCAGAGCUUGCCGGCUGCCUGGGAGCUCUCAGGUUCCCUGAGAAACAAGAUUUCAACCAGAAAAACUUAAGCUUUGUUGGAUUACCAAGUCAAAGAAGAGUUUCAAGCUUUCAGAAAGAGUUCUGGCUUGAAGAGAAAGAACAGCGUGCUAACCGCAGAAGAAGAAUCGAUGCUAAGAUUUUAACUGCACUUCCGAAAGUUGCAGAAUUAAGAAAAAUCUUUGAACCAAAGAGGAAAGAAUUUUUAGAAAUGAAAAGAAAAGAAAGAAUUGCCAGGCGCCUCGAAGGAAUAGAAACGGACACGCAGCCCAUCCUGCUGCAGAGCUGCACCGGCUUAGUGACUCAUCGCCUGCUGGAGGAAGACACGCCCAGAUACAUGCGAGCCACAGACCCGGCCAGCCCCCACACCGGCCGGUCCAAUGAAGAGGAGGACACUUCGGAUUCCUCGGUGGAAAAACAGACCCGCUCCAAACUCUGCACCGAAACCUCGGGCGUCCAUGCUGACCCCUCCUGUGGUUCAGGUCUCAUGGACACCCAGGCUCUGGAGUCCAAAGCGGAGAGAAUCGCGCGGUACAAAGCGGAAAGGAGACGGCAGCUGGCCGAGAAAUACGGGAUAGCGCUGGAUUCCGAAGCAGACUCGGAAUCGCCGUCCCGAUACACCAAGUCCAGGAAGGACGCCGAUGCUGCUGACAAGAGGGGAGGGAAAGGUGACAGACAGGCCGAGCCAGGCAAAGAUUCAAGCUCUCUGUACUCCAAGGACUAUGCCCUCUCUGGGGGCGAUGGGCUUUCGGACACCGAGGUGCUGCUCAAUGUGGAAAACCAAAGACGGGGUCAGGAGCCUAGCACCACUGGGCAGGCCCGUGACCUGGCCCCCACGGUUGAGAGUUCCUCAUCCUUCCCCUUCCCUGGGCGAGACUGUGCCUUCAGUGAAGUGCCAAGGUCCCCAAAGCAAAUGCACAGCGUGUCCCUCUCCUCGCCUCGGCCACCGGCCUCCCCGAGCCACUCUGCUGGUGACCCUCCACUCCCUCCUGAGGCCCGAGUCAGUACCGGGAAACCCAAACAUGAGUGGUUUCUCCAGAAAGAUUCCGAAGGGGACACACCUUCUCUUAUCAACUGGCCUUCCAGAGUUAAGGUUAGAGAAAAAAUGGUGAAAGAGGAGAGUGCUCGCAGCAGCCCUGAGGUGGCCUCCGAGCCCUUCACUCAGAGGAGACAUCAGCCAGUGCCCAUCCAUUGCUCGUCCUUUCAGUCAGAAAAUUCGGCCUUUGAUAGGGUCUUGGGCAAGGCAGCCAGCUCCGCGGGACAGCCGAUCCGAGGCUACGUCCAGUCGGCGGACCCCAUUCACAUGGCCACGCUGGUGACCUCAGAGAUCCCAGAAAACGUGUCUGAAUGCAGCUGGGGGGGGUCCGCCACCCAGAAUGUCAGAAAGCCUCCCACCUUGAAGGUUCUAGAAAGCGAGAGAAGGGAUACCCCAGUUCUCCAUAUUUGUGAAUCGAAAGCAGAGGAAGAUAUGCUCUUCACCGAAGCUCUCGAGAAAAGCAGGAAAUCACUUUUGGCGUUGGAGGACCAUGGGCUUACGCGAAGCCACGAAGACCCCUCUGGAAACGAUGACGUCGGCAAGCCUGCUGGGAGCCCAGUGCCCUCAGAACAUCAGAAGGAACCAGAGAGCCUGUCACACCCGCCUCCCGCUCAGCAACCGCCCGCUGAGAGGAUAAGCAGACACGAGAUGGUCUUGUACGUUCAGAGCCAGCCCGUGUCACAAGAUGCCAGGGCGACAGGCCAGAGACAGGAAGCCUUGGUGAAGAAACGCAAGGUCCUCACCCGCUCCCUGUCUGACUACACGGGCCCCCCUCAGCUGCAGGCCCUGAAGGAUAAGGACUCCACGUUCAGGCAAGAACCGGAGCCACAGAGUUCCAAAGCUGAAGGGCCCCCCCCGGAAGUCGGCGUGCUGGACACGAAGGUCUCUGUCGCCCAGCUCCGAAAUGCGUUUCUGGAGUCUGUCCAUGCCAGCAAGAAACCUGAACUCCAACCCCGGGUGGAGAGGUCAACCGAGGGCGUUGGCUUGCCUACCGGUGUGGAACGGGAAAGAGGGUCCCGGAAACCAAGACGCUAUUUUUCUCCUGGUGAAAGUAGAAAAACUUCGGAGAGAUUUAGAACUCAACCUAUAACCUCAGCCGAACGAAAGGAAUCAGAUAGGUCUGCUUCGCAUUCAGAAAUGCUGGCCGCGGAGGAUGAAGAGAAGGUAGACGAACGAGCCAAGCUGAGUGUCGCUGCCAAGAGGCUGCUUUUCAGGGAAAUGGAAAAAUCAUUUGAUGAGAAAAACGUUCCUAAGCGACGCUCCAGAAACGCGGCCGUGGAGCAAAGGCUGCGGCGGCUCCAGGACCGAUCCCACACCCAGCCCGUUACCACCGAGGAGGUGGCCAUUGCAGCCACUGAACCUAUCCCUGCUUCGUGCUCUGGGGCCACCCAGCCUGUAAUGGCGAGACUUCCUAGUCCCAGUGUAGCUAAGAGCACUGUGCAGCCUGCCAGAUUACAGGCAUCUGCUCACCACAAAGCUUUAGCCAGAGACCAGGCAAAUGAGGGCAAAGAUUCUGCUGAACAAGGUGAACCUGACUCCUCCACUCUAAGCUUAGCAGAGAAGUUGGCCUUGUUUAACAAAUUGUCUCAGCCGGUCUCAAAAGCUAUUUCUACCCGAAACAGAAUAGACAUGAGACAGAGGAGAAUGAGCGCUCGCUAUCAGACUCAGCCGGUCACGCUUGGGGAGGUGGAACAGGUGCAAAGUGGAAAGCUCAUUCCUUUCUCACCGACUGUUAACACCUCUGUGUCCACUGUGGCAUCUACGGUCACACCGAUGUACGCAGGGGAUCUUCGGACAAAGCUGUCUGUGGACGACAACACGAGUGCCACUGACUAUAAGUUUCCUUCUUCGAUAGAAAAUUCAGAUUCUCCAGUUAGAAGCAUCCUGAAGUCCCAAGCCUGGCAGCCUUCAGCAGAGAGUAGUGGGAGCAGAGGAAUGUUGAGAGAGUUUGGAGAGGCCGAAAGCAAGAGAGUUUUGACAGGUGGAGAUGGUGGUAAAAAGUACGGGUCCUUCGAGGAAGCAGAGCCAUCCUGCCCCACCUUUAACAGAGUCCGGGAAGGAGACAGCCAUAAGGAACCCAAAUAUGCCGUUCCGAGAAAGGGCAGCCUGGAACUAGGCCAUCCUCCCGUCGCCCACCUUGGUGACGAGCUGAAGGAAUUCUCCAUGGGUAAAAGCCUCGCACAGGGGAGCCCAGACUUGAAGGACAGGCAGCCCUUUGAAGAGAAGGUCGACAUGGAGAAUGUCCCAAGAAGGAAGUUUUCACUAAGAGCUGCAGAGUUCGGGGAGCCCCCUUCUGAGCAGACGGGUCUGGCUACCGGGAAGACUGUGGCCCCCACCGCAGCCCCCGUGUCCUGGAGGCAGCAAGAUCCUGCAGAGCCAGGACAGGAGAAAUACUCCAGGAGUCCGUGUGCGAUGUUCGCUGCCGGAGAGAUCAAAGUGCCUGUGGUGGAGGGCAUCCUCGAUUCAGCUGGCAAAACCAUGUCCAUUAAAGAGAGGUUAGCGCUGUUGAAGAAGAGUGGGGAAGAAGAUUGGAAAAACAGACUCAUCAGAAAACAGGAGUAUGGCAAGGCGUCUGUCACCAGCAGCCUGCACAUACAAGAAAUGGAACAGUCCCUCAAGAAGAAGCGGGUCACAGAAAGUCGAGAGAGCCAGAUGACUAUCGAAGAGAGGAAGCAUCUCAUCUCUGUGAGAGAAGAAGCCUGGAAGACAAAAGGCAAAGGGGCGGCCAAUGACUCCACCCAGUUUACAGUGGCUGGCAGAAUGGUGAAGAAAGGUUUGGCAUCACCCACGGCCAUAACUCCAGUGGCGUCUCCCAUCUGCAGUAAAACAAGGGGCACCACACCAGUUUCUAAGCCCUUGGAAGAUAUCGAAGCCAGACCAGACAUGCAGUUGGAAUCGGACCUGAAGCUCGACAGGCUGGAAACCUUUCUGAGGAGGCUGAAUAACAAAGUUGGCGGAGAGACCAUACUCACGGUCACUGGGAAAUCUGUGAAGGAGGUCAUGAAGCUGGACGAUGACGAGACCUUUGCCAGAUUUUACCGCAGCAUGGAUGACACCGUCCCACGAAGCCCCGUGGAGCUGGACGAGGAUUUUGAUGUCAUUUUCGAUCCUUAUGCCCCUAAGUUGACCUCGUCUGUGGCCGAGCACAAGCGUGCAGUGAGGCCCAAGCGUCGGGUCCAGGCUUCCAAAAACCCCUUGAAAAUGCUGGCCGCCAGAGAAGACCUCCUUCAGCAAUACACGGAGCAGAGACUAAACGUUGCCUUCAUGGAGUCGAAGCGGAUGAAAGUAGAAAAGAUGUCUGCCAACUCCAGCUUCUCCGAAGUCACUCUGGCAGGUUUAGCCAGUAAAGAAAACUUCAGCAACAUCAGCCUGCGGAGCGUCAAUCUGACCGAACAGAAUUCCAACAACAGUGCGGUGCCCUACAAGAAGCUGAUGCUCCUACAGAUUAAAGGAAGAAGACAUGUGCAGACCAGACUGGUUGAACCUCGAGCUUCAUCCCUCAACAGUGGGGACUGCUUCCUCCUGCUCUCUCCCCAUUACUGUUUCGUGUGGGUAGGAGAGUUUGCAAAUGUCAUAGAAAAGGCAAAGGCCUCAGAAUUGGCAAGUUUAAUUCAGACGAAGAGGGAACUUGGUUGUAGAGCUACCUAUGUCCAGACUAUUGAAGAAGGAAUUAAUACACACACUCAUGCGGCCAAAGACUUCUGGAAGCUUCUGGGUGGCCAAACUAGUUACCAGUCUGCUGGAGACCCAAAAGAAGAUGAACUUUAUGAAACAGCCAUAAUUGAAACAAACUGCAUUUACCGUCUGAUGGAUGACAAACUUGUCCCUGAUGAUGACUACUGGGGGAAGAUUCCCAAGUGCUCCCUUCUGCAGUCAAAAGAGGUACUGGUGUUCGACUUCGGUAGUGAAGUGUACGUGUGGCACGGAAAAGAAGUCACAUUAGCACAAAGGAAAAUAGCUUUUCAGCUGGCAAAGCACUUAUGGAAUGGAACCUUUGACUAUGAGAACUGUGACAUCAACCCGUUGGAUCCUGGAGAAUGCAACCCGCUUAUUCCCAGGAAAGGACAGGGGCGACCUGAUUGGGCAAUAUUCGGGAGACUUACAGAACACAAUGAGACAAUUUUGUUCAAAGAAAAGUUCCUUGACUGGACUGAACUGAAGAGACCUAAUGAGAAGAGUGCCAGCGAACUUGCCCAGCCAAAGGAAGAUCCUAGGGCCGAAGCCAAGCCGUACGAUGUGGCGCUGAUGGUGCCGGUGCCCCAGGCGACAGCGGGCACGGUGCUGGACGGGGUGAACGUGGGUCGCGGCUACGGCCUGGUGGAAGGGGACGACAGGAGGCAGUUUGAGAUCGCCAGCGUGUCUGUGGAUGUCUGGCACAUCCUGGAGUUUGACUACAGCAGGCUUCCCAAACAGAGCAUCGGGCAGUUCCACGAGGGGGACGCCUAUGUGGUCAAGUGGAAGUACAUGGUGAGCACCGCAGUGGGAAGUCGACAAAAGGGAGAGCACUCAGUACGGGUGGCUGGCAAGGAGAAGUGUGUCUACUUCUUCUGGCAAGGCCGGCAGUCGACCGUGAGUGAGAAGGGCACAUCGGCUCUGAUGACCGUGGAGCUGGAUGAGGAGAGGGGUGCCCAGGUCCAGGUUCUGCAGGGAAAGGAGCCCCCCUGCUUUCUGCAGUGUUUCCAAGGGGGGAUGGUCGUGCACUCCGGGAGAAGGGAAGAGGAGGAAGAAAAUGCACAAAGCGAGUGGAGGCUGUACUGUGUGCGAGGAGAAGUGCCCAUGGAAGGAAACUUGCUGGAAGUGGCCUGUCACUGUAGUAGCCUGAGGUCCAGGACUUCCAUGGUUGUCCUCAACGUAAACAAAGCCCUAAUUUACUUGUGGCAUGGAUGCAAAGCCCAAGCCCACACGAAGGAGGUUGGAAGGACUGCAGCAAAUAAAAUCAAAGAACAAUGUCCCCUGGAAGCAGGACUGCAUAGUAGCAGCAAAGUGACAAUACACGAGUGUGACGAGGGAUCCGAGCCCCUGGGCUUCUGGGAUGCUUUAGGAAGGAGAGAUAGGAAAGCCUACGACUGCAUGCUUCAAGAUCCUGGAAAUUUUAACUUCACACCCCGCCUGUUCAUCCUCAGCAGUUCCUCUGGUGAUUUCGCAGCCACGGAAUUCAUGUACCCCGCCCGAGACCCCUCCGUGGUCAAUUCCAUGCCCUUCCUGCAGGAAGAUCUUUAUAGUGCCCCGCAGCCAGCUCUUUUCCUUGUUGACAAUCACCAUGAGGUGUACCUCUGGCAAGGCUGGUGGCCCAUUGAGAACAAGAUCACCGGUUCAGCCCGCAUUCGCUGGGCCUCCGACCGGAAGAGCGCCAUGGAGACAGUUCUCCGGUACUGCAAAGGAAAAAAUAUCAAGAGGCCGCCCCCCAAGUCUUACCUUAUCCAUGCUGGUCUGGAGCCCCUGACCUUCACCAACAUGUUCCCCAGCUGGGAGCACAGAGAGGACAUCGCCGAGAUCACAGAACUGGAUACGGAAGUUUCCAAUCAGAUCACCCUUGUGGAAGAUGUGUUAGCCAAACUCUGUAAAACCAUUUACCCCCUGGCCGAUCUGCUGGCCAGGCCAUUGCCCGAGGGAGUUGAUCCUCUGAAGCUUGAGAUUUAUCUCACAGAUGAAGACUUCGAGUUUGCACUAGACAUGACGAGAGAGGAGUACAACGCACUGCCUGCCUGGAAGCAGGUGAACCUGAAGAAAGCGAAAGGUCUGUUCUGAGCUGGAGAGAUGCUGGAGGAACCUCUGUCGUCACUUUCAAUACCAUUGGACCAGGGAAAUAGGUAUUUUUUUUUUCUUGGACUGGUAUUUUAAAAAAAAACAAAAAACAACAAAGAUUUUUUAAAUCAGGGUUUUCCAAAACCUGAAGUGAUCAGCUCUACUGCUUGUCCCGGAUUUGUGCAUUUUGUAAAUGUUUAAGAGAGCCCUUUGGAAACUCUCUUUCCACGAUUCAGCAGGUGAUGUUAAUAAAGGCGUUCCCCACGUGCACAUGUGCGGCGGUUCCCGCGCUGCCCGCCGCGUCCGGUGGGCUGCCUACCAUUUUUUGGAAGCAAUUCUCUUUCUAAAGUGUUAUUUUGAUAGUUUGUGGGUUCUAAAAUAUAUAUAUUUAUAUAAACACCAUAUAAAUCAAAUACGUAUUUAACAAAGCAGUAUGUAUUCAUUCACUCUUAAGAUUUGUUUUUCUUUUGGUGUCAAAAUAAUUUUAAAAGGUAGAUGGAGUCGCUUCUGUGGCGUUAGCUCGGGCACCCCUCCGUAUUUUCACACACGUUCAGAAACGUCUCCUUCAGCAUUAGGUCUGACUUGUUCUGAGUGCUGCUUCUGGUGCUAAAAUGAACAAAUGAAUUUGUACUUCCCGGCAUGGGCUCUGAAGACUCUGCGAAUCCACCUCUCUACCUUAAUAUCUCCCCGAAAUGUAUAGUGCCUUGUUUUUAUGUACAGUUUAUAUACAGAAAAGUUUGCUCUGCAUUUUUCGAUGAUGGUUUGGAACAAUUAUCUCCAAUUUUACUCUCAAAUAGUAGAAAGGAAAAAAAAAUUUCAAAUUUCUAACACCUAUUGUAAACAUGAAACAUGUCAUUUUGCGAUACAGAACUCCAAAAUAAAAGCUUGAAGAAUAAACACAGUAAUUGAGUGAUUCA